AUGGCCUUCGCUAACAGUCUCCUCUCUUCUUCUUCUUCUUCACUCUCUCACAUUCACCGCGGAUCCAGGGAUUUUAAUUCCACUCCUCAAAUCUGUCUUCCUCAUGAAUCGUCCUCUUUCACUUUGUCUCCGAUUCGUAACAAGUUUUCCGAGCUUGGAAAUGGAAUAAUCGGUUUGUCGAAGAAAAAGAACCUUUUAUAUGCUUCCGCCAAUGAUUUCAAUGCAUCGCCAAGUUCAACCUCACUGAAAUCUGAACUGGAUGAUGAUUAUGUUCCCAUGCCACUGGUUCUGAUAGAUCAAGAAUCAGAUUCUGAAGCAACAAUUGUACAAUUGAGCUUUGGAGAUCGUCUUGGAGCUCUUAUUGAUACGAUGAAUGCCCUGAAAGAUUUGGGAUUGGAUGUGGUGAAGGGAACUGUUCUCACUGAUGGACCAGUCAAGCAGACAAAGUUUUUCAUUACACGAUUAGACACUGGUCGCAAGGUUGAAGAUCCUGAUAUGCUAGAGAGAAUUCGACUUACCAUCAUCAACAAUCUUUUGAAGUACCAUCCAGAAUCUAGUGAGAAACUUGCUAUGGGUGAGGCUUUUGGAAUAAAAGCUCCAGAGAAAAAGCUUGAUGUUGACAUUGCAACUCAUCUACUUGUCAAAGAAGAUGGACCUAAGAGGAGCUUGCUUUGCAUCGAGACAGCAGAUCGACCUGGAUUACUUGUAGAAAUCAUCAAAAUCAUUGCUGAUAUUAAUAUUGAUGUCGAAUCUGCUGAGAUUGAUACAGAGGGAUUAAUUGCCAGAGACAAAUUUCAUGUCAGCUACAGAGGGGCAGCAUUGAACAGUUCCUUGUCUCAGGUUCUUGUGAACUGUCUGCGUUACUACCUUCGGAGGCCAGAAACAGAUAUUGAUAGCUAUUAG